CCCAUUUCAUACGGCUGCAACUAUUUUUUAUCCCCCCCCCAAGUACGACGAAAGAACCCAAACUAAGCUGAUUUUCAAAAUUUAUAAUUAGCUUUUUCUUUUUUUAAAACAUGUCCAUGACAGUCGACAUCAAAGACUUUUCUAGUCCUCAGUUUGAUGCCAAAGAGUGGAUCAAUUCCGUUUUAAAGCCUACUAUUAGUAUAAAUGAAGAGGAUGAUGGUGGAGCCAAAGACACCACGAUUUUAGUAACCAAGCUUCAAAUGCUUAGUGAAUCCGCCUCUCGUCAAUUCGACCAACAAUCCACUGCCGUCAUUAAAUCCAUGCCGCGUAUACUCUAUGAUUUAAAACUCAUUUCAGACAAUGCCACAUCUACUCAUCAAGGUGUGGAAGCCGUAAAAAAAAAUCUUGGUCUAAUUGAAGGUGAGGCAGCCCUGGAUAAGUUGCGAAAGCCUCACAUAGCCAAAACACGAAUGGAGCAGUGUCGAGCGCUCUUGAUGGAGAAGGCCGAGGAAUUGGAACAACAGCAAAAGGAAAGGGAAGCGUUGGAAGCGCUUAUGAGACAAGCAGAAGAAAAAAAGAAGCAAGAGAUGGCAGUACCUGUUGUGGAACAAGAGGUGGAACAAGUAAAGGCGGUGGACGAGCCAAAAGAUCAGCCUGAAAAAGAAAAGGUAGUGGUAGAGGAAAAAAAGGCAUUGGAUGAAGGAUUAGAAUACGGACACGUACAAUUGCCACCGCUUAGAGCACCAACACCACGAAGAGUACCUACACCCGUGAAUGCACCGCCACCACCACAAGAGGAUAAUGGAUAUUUACAACAGACGAGUAAUGUCUUUAAAAAGAUCGGAGUGCCUGUAAGUCAUUGAUGUAUAAAUGUAGUGUGUUUUUGUUGUAUUCACUCUUUUAAAAAUUGGUACAGUUUUGGCAGUAGAAAGUUCAUACCAUCCGGCUGGCAGGAUAUACACAUAAGACUCGAAAGUCAGGGCUCGGAUGAAGGAAGAUCCCUUUUUUUACGCAUGAUGUGAGAGAAUAAAUGCAUGCGUUUUAUUUUAUCUCUGGCAAACUACGUCAAUUAGCUGAAAGAGCUUAUAUAUUUAUAUAUAUAUAUAUUAC